AUGGAAGAGCCGAUAAUACAGAAGGAGCAAAGGAAUUCUAGGAUAUAUUUAGCUGCACAGUCCCUGGGUCAUGAAGUACAAAAUGUGAAUCAUUUGAAAAGGCUUUCGGUGGGGUCGAUAGAUAUGUUGACAGAUACCGAUGUCGAAUUUUCUUUCAAUAAACUUCAAAGAAAUAUAUCUGCAAAGAAAACUCAAGAAAUACUUUCGCAGAAACGUACCUCUACCGAAACUGAAAGUGUUUCAUAUAACACACUAUUAGAGGGGUUUUAUGGUAGUGAUGACGCAGAGGAUGAAUCAGAGAAGACUACGAGAAAUACCUCGAUAUCAGAGACGCGCGAUAAAUCUCCCUCUGUGCCUGCCAGGGCACGUGGAAGGAAAGUUGGAGCUGUUUCGCGGUCUUCGAGAACUGCAAACUUAGGGAAGAAAGGAGGUUACGAUAAAGAAAUAUCAAAAGGUUUGCUCUGGGUGUCAGCAGACGUUCACCCAAACGUCAAACCUGAAAAUUACAUAGAAUUGGUGCAGGAUACUUUGGAACAAUAUAAUUCAAGUGAUUAUUCGAUAAGUGAAAGGCUCCCUGAAGACAAGCAGGUGUUGCUGUCAGCCUUCAGGGCAAAGAAAAGUCAUUCACUAGUGAGAAAGCCGUCAAAACUAAGAAAAUCUUACAUAAGUAUUGAGUCGAACAAUACGCCAGCAGAAAAUAAUGACGCCAACGCACAUAGAAAACCAUUAGGAAGCUCAAGAGACCCAGUAGUCAGUACCAUAUCUUUAAAGGAACUGAGUGAAGAACUAGCAAAAAUUUCUAGUAGUGCAGGUUUAACUAAAGAUGAUGCCAUAACGUUAGCAACGACAUUAUGGCUGACGCACUCCCUACUACAUUCUGACAAUGUUACUACAAUCAAGAGUUCACAGGAUAUUGAUGGAUAUAUCAAUAGUUUUGCUACAUCAUUUUCCCGUAGUGGUCCUUUAGAAAUUCCUAAACGCUCUGUCUUAAGAGUAAAGAAUAGUGCUCGUAAGCGCAAUGUUUCUAAUGACAGUUUAGUAGCCUCUGUACGAUCUGUUAGUUCAUCCAUUGUGUCUGAUGUUCCGGACGACUCUGAUACAUCGAUUGAAAGCAGUGCUGAUUCAGUACAAGUGAAGCAAGGUAAUAUAUUGAACGUACCGAAUCAAAUCAAUACAGGCGGCGAAAAAGUUGAACGAGAGACUUCAGAAGAAACUAACGGUCAGCACAUAAGUGUUAAUAAUCCUACGAAUCGGUUUGUACCAGCAAAAGAUAAAAAUGCAAAAAUAGAGGAAGAAUCAGAUAACAAAGUGCAAGAGGUAAAAAGUGGGGGUGAUUUGAUAGAUUUCUUGAAUACAAAAUUUACGCAUUCACAUGGAAAAUUCAAAGAAAAAUAUCGUCAUGCCUUUGGUAACUCUGGUGGGAAGAAAAUAGUUCCUGGCGUUGUUCCGGAGAAGGAAGUAUCUUAUUCACAAAAAUCUCGUUUUGAGCAAAGAUUCACCAACUUAUUUAAAAAAAGUAUAGGUACCAGGACGACUAAGAUACCAAAAAGAACAAAUGAUUCAGUGCCACUUUCAAUUCCUUCCAAUGAAGAAGAGCCAGAAGAUACUGCAACUCUGGAAAAUCAAAAUACCAAUGAUUAUGGCAAUAAAUUGGUAUCAAAUGGUAACUUAUCAGAAGACAGCGCCAUAGCACUAAACUGUCAAUAUUUGGAUGCAAUUAAAGGCCGAAAGGAGGCAGAAUCGCAAGUCGCUGCUUCCCCUACUACGGAUAAUCGUCUUGAGCCGCCCCGCAGUAGUAGUGAAAAGCAAUCAAAACGAGAUCUAAAAGCCGUCCGUCCUAAGGGCUACAGUGGAUCGGCACUUCUGAAGAAACACUCUCAAGAUCGCUUCAAUUUGUUGCUAGAUCUUGGCUACCAAACCUCCAGUGAUCGCAGUAGUUCUAUAUUAGGAAAGCAAACAAUUUCAGCAAGAGGAAGCUAUUCUCACAAGGCUGUCGGGUCUAAUACUGGCGGUCUACGAGCAUCAGACCCAUCCCAUAAAUCGCAGUACCAUGGUGAUGUAGGCAAACAGCGCCAUCGCGGUAGAAAGCCCAUUACCAGUAUACAAAAGCCCACAAAUAUGGCCAACUAUCAACACAAAUCUAUACUUCCUCCACGUAAAUUAACAUUUGACGACGUGAAAAAACCUGAAAAGGUGAAUGGACCAAUGCAAUAUACAGAUAGUGCAUUUGGAUUUCCCUUACCGCUAUUGACGGUCUCUACUGUUAUAAUGUACGAUUGUAGGCUUGCCACAAACGUGGAAAGGGCAAUUUAUAGGUUGAGUCACCUAAAAUUAGGAAAUCGGAAAAGACCUUUAAGAGAACAAGUACUGGUUAGUAAUUUCAUGUAUGCGUAUUUGAAUUUGGUAAACCAUACAUUAUUCAUGGAGCAAAGCAAUCUACAAAGAAAACCAAAGACGUCGAUGCUUACUCAGACCGUAGGAAAUGCUGGCCACUUUCCUGAAAAAGUAAGUCCCGGAAAUAAAUAUAUAUGA